UCCAAAAAUUCAAAACCCUCGUAGUAUGAAUCAAUUCUCCCACGACCCACCCACCAUCACCAUCUAGGGUUUUGUUUUCUUUUUCAUUCCAACAACCAGAGGAUCAAACUAUCAACCAAACAAAAUGAGCUCAACCAUUCACAGAACCCCCAAAUCAACCGGCCGUCAAUCCUUAUUCUUCAACGAUUUAGCCACCCCUGUUUCCAACCGUCGAUCCGGAUCCGCUAAGUUCACCACCCCUGGUCAAGCCGCCGCCGUUUCCGCCCUAUGGCGCGAAAACUUCGCCACCUCAGACCUCCCUCCACCCCCCAUGUUCACCCUCGAAGACCGCUCCGAUUUCUCACCCGAAUCCGGUAUCCAAGACUACCCCCUCGGAUCCCCUGUUGAUCAUAAUAAUUCAAACCCUAGAACUCCCGCCAAAACCCCAUCAAGCAAGCUGUUUUCCACAAGCCCUGGUAAUAAUAAUAAGUCCCCACAUUCUAAUUCGAACCCUAGCUCAAGUUCCUAUGUGGGUUUCGGAAACCAGCAGUUGCAGAGUGUGCAGAGUCCGGUUGUGAGUUCGAGUUGGUGGUCUGCGGGUGGGUGUGAGGAUAAGGGGAAGGGGUUGAAUUCGGGUGGUUCGGGUUCGCCGGUCGAUGGGGUUGUGCAGCGUCAGCAAGGGGGUUUGCUGACACUGCCUCCGCCUCGGGAGGUUGCGCGACCGGAUGUGAAGCGGAAUUCGGUGCCGGUGGGUGUGGUUGAUGAGGAAGAAUGGGUUACUGUUUAUGGGUUUUCACCUGCGGAUACAAAUUUAGUUCUUCGGGAGUUUGAAAAAUGUGGUGUAAUUCUGAAGCAUGUCUUGGGUCCAAGAGAUUCUAACUGGAUGCACAUUCUUUAUCAGAGUCGAUUCGAUGCUCAGAAGGCUCUCAGCAAGAACGGGAUGCAACUAAACGGAGCCUUAAUAAUCGGAGUGAAACCCGUUGAUCCAAUGCAACGUCAAUCUCUUAGUGACAGGCUCCAUAAUCAAGGAUUCAUGCCCAUACCACCAUCCUCCACCACCAGAAAACCCGACCCAAUUGCUUUCAACGCAUCUACUUGGGCCCCCAAUCAAAGCCCACAUUCCGGUGGAACCAUGGCCUCCCCCGCAAAAUCAAUGGUCUCCAAAAUUGUAGAUUUGAUGUUCGGCUUGUAACCAAUUGUCAGAGGCUUAGUGAAGCCGACAAGGCGAAAAUUAUAAUGUUGUCCAAUUAAAUUUUGAUAUUAUAUGUGACGCGUUCGAUGUUGUUUUUAAUGUUGGAAUUUGUCAAAGAGAUUAUUAUUAUAAAAUGUGUAUUGGAUGUGAGAUUGAAUA